ACACUUUAUAAAAGUCAUACAAAAUACAAAUUUGAGGAACAAUCAAAACAAAAAAAGACGCUAUACAAAUAGUUCACCACCGCCGCAAACCGUCGUAAUCCGUCGAUUUCAGUAUCACUAAAAUCCACACAAAAUUUUAACCUAGAAUCGGAAAACAUGUCUGAGAAAUUUUCGGCAACACUAAGAAUAGGCGACCUAAAUGACUAUAUCGCCCCAUCUCAAGGCUGCGUUGUUUCCAUGAAAUCUGGUUCCUCUCGACUCGUUGAUAAUAAUAAUAAUCAACAACCAAUCAAGAAGCAGAUAAAAACAGCACCGUUUGCAGAACCACUUCAAGCAGAUCCAGUAAAAAUAUCGCUCAAAGAUUGCUUAGCAUGCAGUGGGUGCAUUACUUCUGCGGAGACUGUUAUGCUAGAGAAGCAAAGCUUGGAUGAGUUUCUUUCAAAUAUAAACAAGGGAAAAACUGUUAUUGUUUCCCUUUCACCACAAUCUAGGACCUCUAUUGCUGUGCAUUACGGUCUUUCUCCGGUUCAGGUUUUCAGGAAACUAACUACAUUGUUCAAGUCUUUGGGAGUCAAAGCCGUAUUUGAUACCAGCUGUAGUAGAGACUUGUCUCUGAUAGAAUCUUGCAACGAAUUUGUAUCACGUUAUAAACAAAGCCAUGUGCAUGACAUGAAGGAGUCUACAUCCUAUCUACCCAUGAUAUCGUCUGCAUGUCCAGGUUGGAUAUGCUAUGCUGAAAAAACACUUGGUUCGUAUGUUCUUCCAUAUAUAUCCUCGGUCAAGAGCCCCCAACAAUCCAUUGGAGCUAUCAUCAAGCACCAUUUAUGCCAAAAAUUAGGCCUUCGGCCAUGUGAUAUAUAUCAUGUGACGGUUAUGCCCUGUUAUGACAAAAAGCUUGAGGCUUCCAGGGAUGAUUUUGUUUUUCACGACCAAUCGGAUCAAAUGACUACAGAGGUAGAUUCUGUGUUGACGACAGGAGAAGUGUUGGAUUUAAUACAGUUAAAAGCAGUAGAUUUCAGCAAUUUGGAUGAGUCCCCUCUUGAUAAAUUAUUAUCCAAUGUUAGCGAAGAAGGGCAUCUUUAUGGAGUGAGAGGAAGCUCAGGAGGAUACGCAGAUACAAUAUUCCGUCAUGCUGCCAAGGCACUAUUUGGUCAUGAUAUCAAAGGGCCUUUGAACUUUAGGACUGUACGGAACUCUGACUUCCAGGAAGUGACAUUAGAAGUAGAAGGUAAAACAGUGUUGAAGUUUGCACUAUGUUAUGGUUUCCGGAACUUGCAAAAUGUAGUGAGGAAAAUCAAAAUUGGAAAAUCUGACUACCAUUAUUUAGAGAUCAUGGCUUGCCCUGCAGGAUGCUUAAAUGGAGGUGGCCAAUUAAAGCCAAAACCAGGACAAUCUGGCAAAGACUUGAUUCAAGCAUUAGAAACGACCUAUAUGGAAAAUGUAUUGGUAGCUGAUCCUUUUGAAAACCCCAUUGUGAGGAGCUUAUAUGACGAGUGGCUAGAACAUCCUGGUUCUGAGAAGGCAAAGCAACACAUACACACAGAAUACCACCCAGUUGUAAAAAGUAUAACAUCUCAGUUGCAUAAUUGGUGAUAAAUGAGUUUCAUCUUUUGCUUUCGACACCCCUCCUUGUUGGCGACUUCCGUUAUGUUCUUGGACAACACGUGCUAACUUGCAUGGCCUAGAGCUCAGGUUAUUCACUGUCGAGGUUCAGAGUUUUGGUAAACCGCAGUUUUUGAUGGUUGCAGUGGAUUUAUUAUCUGUUCAAUACGCUGCAAGUGAAUCAAAAUCUAACUAAGCGAACCGAAAGGGGGGAUGUAGACUGAUAUUUUGAUGACUUUGGAAGAUGAUAGAUUAAGCUAUACGGUGUUGAUAGAAAAAGUGUAUACUUCCUCUAAUGUAUACAACUAAACAUGUUAUGAUGUCAACUUUAUACACCCACAGAAUUAUUGAUAUAUUAGUAAUUUUACUUUAUUAUAGUUA